CUGCGACAUCUAGAAUACAGUUAUGAAUUCACAUAGUGAACCGCCAUGACAGCUGAUGCAUUUCGUAUCGCUUGACGUUUGAUCAGAACAUGUCAUUUUGCACAUUUAAUUUCGACAAAUGGCAGACUUCUUUUUCGGUUUCGAUACGUCGCUUGCAAAUAGCAGUUUAGAAGAUGGCCUCGAAUGUCCUUUUGAGGAAGAUGAUCUUGGAGAAGAGGAGGAAUAUGAUGCUUUGAAUGAUGAAACUUUUGGCUCUGAAGCUACUAUUGGCGAUUGGGAAAAAGAUCAUGAAAAACUUGCAGAAAUUACAGAAUCCAAUCGUCCUCAUCAUCAAAAUACUUUAAACAAAAAAAAUGUAACCAAUUUAGAUAUCGAAGAUAAUUUAUCCCAUUUGGUAUUAGAUGAGAAAGAAGGUAUUGUUCCACGUCCUGGAGUAUGGGAUAGUCCUUCCAAUUUAGCCCUUCCUAAACCUCGACCACCUUUGACUUUAUCACCAGCUAUAACAAAUGUAUGCACAGUGGAACAAUUGGAAAAGGGAUUAAUUGCAAAUAGACAACCAUCUAGAUUAAAUAAACCUACUCAAACACAACAACCGCAACAACAACAACAACAACAACAACAGAAAUCUGAUGGAUCACUUUUAUUUGAAUCUUUAUCUGCACCACCGCGUUUCCCACCAGGAUUGGGUAUACCUCCACAUCCUGUUGUUUUACCAAACAUGAGAUUUCCUCAUCCUCAAUUUUUACAGCACCCUAGAUUAUUAGCCAAUCAAACUGGAAAUGUACUGAGAUAUCCUAUUGCAGCACACUUGAUGUUACCACAUUCUGCUCAAAGACAACCAAUUCAUGGUUCAUUUUGUAAUAAUUUUCCUGUAAGUUUUAAUAAUUAAUUAUAUAUAAAUAUAUAAAUAUUUUUAAAAA